UGCCCAUUUUGUCUUGGAAUAAUUUAUUUUUCUACAAAUGAAAAUAAAGAGAAUAAAAUGAAAAAUAUGGAAAUGUGAGAAUCAGGAAUGUGUUGAGAGAGUGGGGGGUUAUUGUAAGGUAGGAUGAGGACACGUGGGUGGAGCCGUGGAGCAAUGUGUAGGUAGCGUCAUAUGAAAUCAAGCGGGGUUCCACGUGGUAACACAAUGUGGUUUUGAUUCAAUCUCCAAUUUAUUCUAAUGGGUCCUACACCUGGUCCAGUUAAUGAGUGUUGUUUAGUUAAAUUUAUUAGUGGAAUAUAAUUGGCUUCUCCUAACCAAUCAAAACUUGAGAAGUUGAAACGUUCACAUCCUCUUUACAUUAUGGGACUUUUCCUUUUAUCUUGCAUUUUUCUAUUUAUGGUUUACGGGGGUGACCACGAGACCUAUUAAAACCCACCACCACAAAUACCACGGUCCCACUGCCCAUACCCAUCACCCUCAGAUUUCACGUAUCUACUAUCUAAGGGCUAUGAUUUAAUUGGUUGGGUUGGGUUGGAUUGGUCUUCAUAAACAUUAAUACUUAUUUUUUUAAGUCAACAAGUUUCUAUCAGACUAAGACAUUGAUAGCGUCUACACAAAAUUGAUGUAAUUUUCAUCCAAUUACCCCGUCGUUUUUCUAUUAUUAUAAUAUUAAUAGCUCUAAUCAUAUGAUUAUUUAAUAGGUCCUCCAAAAAAUUCAUGCCAUCUUCACAUAAAUAUGACCAUCACAAUAAAAAAAAAAUAUCAUACACUCUAAAGUAUUUUAUCAUUUUAUAGGCUUGUGGCAUAAGAGAUGAACAAAAAUAAUACUUCUGAGUUUGGGCUGUCCAUAUUUUUUUUGGACUGGGCCGAAUUUGGGCUUCGGAAAUCACCAUGACCCAAAUCAUUAUGAUUUGAUCGUCCCAACAGUGGAUCUGCUCAAACAAACGCCUGAGGUCCUCCUCUGACCAUACAAACAAACGGUGGAUAUGACAGCAGAUUGGUACGUUGGAGAGGGUGCGACUGCAACUACUCCGUUUGAUGCCACGCCGACCAAACACCAGCCAAAUCUCAAUUAUUGAUUCGCUAAAGAAUCUUUAGGUUCACCCCGGGAAACUUCGGAUGUUGGAGGAGAAAUGUAUGCUGGAGAAGUAGAGUGCCUCCUGCGGAAAGAUGGAUUUUCUGGGUAUAAUCAAAUCAAAAUGCACCCGGACGACCUCUACAGAUUUGCUCAUUCCGCACCCCUUUCGGCAUUUACUCUUAUCUAAUCUUGCCCUUCAGGUUAAAGAAUGCAGGAGCAACAACUCUCCAGGCGAUGACGCAAAUCUUCAGAGAGAUGUUGCAUAAAACCUUAGAAUGCUACGUAUGACCUGGCCGCAAAAAGCACUUUCUAAAAAAAUGCAAAAGUGUAAUACUUGUUUGGGGAAACGUUAAGAAGCAGGUCGGUAUGUUCCCUGAAUGAAAACAAGCUUUUGUUAAUUAUAUAUUUAUCUAUUUAUUGUAUGAAUAUCAAAUUCUUUCCGUUUAUGUUUGAAGAACUGCGUGCGGCAACUUCACAUCCUUAAUCGUUUUAACUCUCUGUUGUAGAAAUAUCUGCAAGUACUAAUACAAUAUUCACGUUUGGAAAUCAUGUUAUUUACGUGUUUACUAAUUUUGCGCUGGAUAACUUGGAAUCGACAUUCAUUUUGGUUCUCAGUUAGAGCACGAAUUUUAGAAAUUGAAGUGUUUUGAUAGUUGUUAUAGAAUGAUAAUUAAUAAAAUCCGGGUUUUUUUUUUUAAUACAAUGUAUUGUUGAUUAAUCUCUUAUUAACAUGUUAUCUAUCUCAUAUAUUGCAAUGAAGUAGAAAAUACUUAAUAAUUAGCAACAAGUGGGAUCAUAAGUACAGGGGAAAUUUUUUGGCAUUACAUAGCUGGAAUGUUUUGAAACAGGAUUGCAGCUGCAGCUGUGAAUUUAAAUUGACAUUAAAGAGUUAAAAAGUUGAUGGGUUGCAGUAACUGUAAAAAAAAAAAAAAAUGUUAGUUUGUUUUGAGAUAGUGAAUUAGUUGAGAGUGUAAAUCUUGCAACUAUACUUGUAGCUUUUAUUGAACAAAGUCUAUAUUCCAUUGUUGUCUUUGUCAAAGUAACUUUUUAUUUAUUUAUUUAUUUUUUUUGGCAAAUGUAUAUACAGUUGGAAAGUGUCACUGAAUAGGGUAUUCUAAAUUGUAGAGCUAAAGAUUACUGCAUAUGGAGAAGCUUCUAAUUGUGCAAUCAUCUUUGCAUUUCUAGAGUUUCUUUAAAUAUGAUAGAGUACAUUCUGAUGCUUAGGACUAGAAACAGUUUUAUUUAAUGCAUAUGAAAUGUUAAAUGUCUUACAAUUGUUAGAACUUUUGUGUAACUUUUGCCAGCAUAGGCUCUUUGAUUAAUUCAUUGAGUCCUUAUGUCUUACAAGCUACCCACAGAUUGACAAUCAAAUAACUUUGCUUUGUUGAUCCCAAAAGUUAUUUUAUGGGAUUUUGUUCAUAAUUAUGUGUUGACUAAAAUAUCUUAUCUAGUACCUUCUUACAAUUCAUUGGAGUUCACAUUUUGUGACUUGAGUUUGAAUCUAGCAGAUCAUAAACAUUGACAAAUCUUGCAUUCUCGUGGAUCCUAUAAAUGGUGUUUUAUGUUAUAGCAUUCUACCUCCUGAACUGCUAGAAGGGUUUAAUUUGCUGUUAGGAUGCUAAAAUACAAAAUAUAUAAUUUUCCCCAAAUUUUCUGCUUUUAUUGUAUGCUAAACAUGUCACGUUCUUAAAGUUUUUGGCCUGGACACUCUUCUACGAUUAUAAAGAAAUAUUGGACCAAAAUUUAACUUCUAUCUUAAUUUUUUUAAAUACCAUACUGUUGGGUUUAUUUCCUUAUUUGAUGUGCGUAUUUCCAGAGACUUUCAUUACUUUUUUCAGGAAUACAUUUUUUUUUAAAAAGACUUUUUAUAUCUGAAUUUAUUGAUCUUAUAUUUUAUUAAGAAUGGUUUUGCAUGAGAAAAACCUGUGUAGUUUAGUUGGCUGGAUUUUUCUGCAAGGAGCAAAAGUUUUAUUGAUUCAUCUGCUUCACAGCAAGGACAAUGUAGUUAAUUUGUGUUUGUGUGAGGUGGAUUGCGGUGUGUGGUAAAAAAUAUAAAGGAAAACUAUAAAGGGAGUUUUAGUUUUCUGAGGUAACUUUGCUAAGAAAGGUAAGUUAAUUAUGUUUACACAACUUUUUCAAGCCAAUAGAAUCUAGCCAAAUUUUGUAAAACGUAUGCAAUUUUGGACACGGGUCACGAUGAAGUGAUCAUUUUGUGACACAAUAUGUAUGCUAUAAACAUAUAUGCAUGCACACAAACGAGCGUUACAAGUUGUGAUCUGAGGCGAAGAAAACGAGGGAGAGAGAUGCAAAGAAGAGAAAGAGGAGGUAGCUAUCACUAUCAUCUCCGACCACAAAUGCAACUACCGUCUACCUUAGAUACAGGCACAAUGUUGAAUGGAGAAGAUGUUAACAAUGUCAAGCGCACUAGUAGGAAAAAGAGGAAGACCGAAAACCCUCAGGACUGGAGACCAUGGGCAGAACUUCCUCAGGAACUUGUAGAUAUAAUCUCCAAAAAACUGACAAUACCAGACUAUUUUAGGUUUGGUCGGGUGUGCCAAAAUUGGUGGUCAAUUUCCAUGGCUUCCAAGCAGAACUUCAUGUCAUUACAAGCACCACUUGUGAUUCACAUAUCAACAAGGGCCAAAAGGACUUGUCUUUUCUAUGACAUAUCCAAUGGGGCCAAAUAUGAAACCAAGCUGCCUUACUUUGGUUUGAAAUUCUGUAUUGGGUUGUCCUGUGGAUACAUAAUUAUGGAAGACCUCCACAGUACUAUUUCCCUUGUAAAUCCUGUUACAGGGUCCCAAUAUCUAUUCCCCAAGAUGGCCUCUCCUGGUAAAGCCAUGUCUGCCGGUGACCGUUCUAUCUUUGCUUCCACUGUACCAAACCAAGAUUUUAUUCUUGUGGUACUCUCUCAAAUGCAAAAAGAUGUGCAUUUCCGUCGCUCCAAGGACAAGUACUGGCGCAUUUACUCUUUUGCUGGCAAGCCGAAAAUUUGGGAUAUACUUGUCUUUAAGGCCAGCAUAUAUGUUAUAACUAAUGAUGGUCGAAUUGGCACAUUGAACCUAAAAUCUGCUCCUGAAGUGAACUUUUUGGAACUAAAUUUCACUCCUCACUUUCUUGGCUAUGUUAAACUUGUGGCUUCAAAAGAGCAGCUAAUGGUGAUUGAUUUUGUUCCCUCGCCACAACUCAGAGUUUACACAAUAGACUUUUCGCGGAUGGAGUGGGUUCAGGUGACCAACUUGGGUGGCCAUGCUUUGUUUUUGGGCAACAUGAUGUGUUCCAGGUUAAGCAACCCAGCACAGUGGGGAGGGCGAGAAAACUGUGUGUAUUAUCUCCCAUUCAGAUCCAAGACCUGUUAUGUGUACUCCAUAAGUGGUCAGUUCCUCGACAGAAUCCAUUUUGUCAUAGAAGAUAAAGCUGCUUCUUCCCGGAUGAAUUGUUGGUAUUUCCCACAUCUAUCUUGCAGCAUAGAUUAUGUGAGGGAUGAAAUUGGAUCAGAAGAUUAGUUUGGUGGUAUGCAGAAACAUAUAGAACUUAUGCUGCUUUUUUCUUUCUUCUCUCCUUUUUGUCGUGAACUUGGACAAGCUUAAGUUUGUAGCUGCUUUUGGUUU